AUGAUUCUUCACCAUAAUCAUCAAAUUUCACUACGUAAUAAAAAAGGUUGGGAAAAAACAAGAUCCCUUAUUGAAAAUGAUAAAAGAACCGAACCUUUGAUUCAGAUUUAUAGUCCAGAGGACGAUUCUUCGUCAAAUAAAAUAAUACAAACCCAAUUCGAAUUUUUAUUGUCUUCUUUUUCAGACCCUUUAAAUAAACAAGCACACAAAAUAAUCUUAGAGACGACGACGACGACAUUAGCAGAGAAUUCUCGAGAAAAACAACCACUUCAGAAAUCAAUAACUGAGAAUAAUCAAUCAAGAUUAAAUUUACCGACAACGGAAGGAAAGGUAAAGAUACGACCGCGUCCAGUGACUUUUGAUGCCACUGUUGCACCUGACGAAAUAAAAGAAACCUUGGCUAAGAUUCCAAAUGACAAUGAUUCGACGUUCUUGACACCACCACUUAAUACGCCACAAUUGAGUAGUGGAGAAGUUUCCAAAAAAACCGCUUCUACUUCAAGUAACAUUUCACUACCAUCACAAACUAACGAUCCUAAAUCAAAAACUCUCCCACAAUUUGUGUUCAAAGCUCUUACAAAACGUCCUUCGAGAUCAAAAGCUUCGAGAAUGGGUUUGAUCCGUGAUUUGAAAAGAAUAUUUCAACGACCAGGUGUUCUUCAUCGCCGUCGGUCAAUGCGAGGUGAUCCAUUUAAUCAAGAUAUUCAAGAGGCUAAUUUUAAAUUUGGAGAUCUUGGUAAAGCACUUGGAUCGGGAGCAGGUGGUUCUGUUCAUUUAGUUCGUCGACCGAAUGAUUCUAAAUGUUUCGCAGUAAAACAAUUUCGUCAACGAGGGACAAAUGAAAGCGAGCGUGCUUAUGUGAAAAGAAUCACCGCGGAAUUUUGCAUUGGUUCUUCACUUCAUCACGAAAACAUUAUCGGGACAUUGAACAUUGUACGUGCAAAUGGUUUUUUUUAUGAAAUAAUGGAAUUCGCUCCAUAUGAUCUCUUCGAUCUGGUCAUGUCAGGUAAUCAAACGAAAGCGGAGAUAGCAUGCUUAUUUAAACAACUCAUCAACGGUGUUGAAUAUUUGCAUGAGAUGGGAAUUGCACAUCGAGAUUUGAAGUUGGAUAAUUGUGUCGUGAACGAACGAGGAAUCCUAAAAAUUAUCGAUUUUGGAUGUUCGACUGUAUUCAAAUAUCCAUUCUCGGACAAAAUCAUAAUGGGUUCAGGUGCAUACGGCUCGGAUCCAUACAUCGCUCCUGAAUGUCAUCUAGAAGGAAAAUAUGAUCCACGGUUGGCUGACACGUGGUCAGUUGGUAUUAUUUUUGUGUGCAUGUCAAUUGGUCGAUUUCCUUGGAUGCUAGCGAAUCCAAAAACUGAAACACCAUACCGAAUAUAUCUGAAAUAUCCUGAAAAAUUACUCAAACGACUUCCUGAAGAAUCACGACAACUAAUUCAAUGGAUAUUAGAGCCGGAUGUCGCGAAACGAGCGACAAUCUCUGAUAUUCUAUCACACGAAUGGAUCUCGUCCGUGGAAAGAUGUCAUGAAUUGGAAUCUGCUAAUGAUCAUGCGCAUGUGCUACCUUUGAAUAUGAAUAAAUUGAAUGGAAGUGGCGACGAGCACAUCACUAAUAACAGUAAUGUUUCGUCAUCUUCUACCGUUGUCUCGACAAGUAGCGCAUAUGUGUUGGAAGGAAAUGGAGUAGAAUCAUCGUAUUCUAAAGAGUUAAGGCAGAGAAAGUGUAAAAAAUUUUUUAGAAAGAAAUCUUUAUUUGUUAGUUAA